CGAAUUUGAAUUUUGAAAAGUGGGCCCAGCAGGAAUUUUGGGAGGGAGAGGAAGGGUUUUAUUCCAACGGUCAUUCCUUGCUUCAAUUCCAUUUUCCAUCGUUCUUCUCCAAAAAAUCUACUAAAACCAGAACCAGUAGAAGCAUCGAAGGAGAAAAUGGUGGUGGCGAAGAAAUCCGCGUACGAGGAGAAUAGGCAGAAGAGGCUGGAAGAGAACAAGAGAAGAAUGGAGGAACUCAAUCUCAACAAGCUCGCCAACUCUCUCCACACUCCCAAGCCUUCUCCGAUGAAGAAGGUGAAGCCGAAGCUGCCGAAACAGCCUUUGGAUCCCUCUUCUGUCCGCCGAUCUAGCCGUGUUGCAGAUUUGCCGCCCAAGAGCUACAAAGAGGUUGCGGUGCUUGAAGGAAUGGGGAAGCCGAGGAGUUAUCAGAGAAGGGAUCUGUUGAACAGAGUGUAUGCUGGGGAUGAAGAGCGGCAGUAUGCUGUGCAGAGGGCGGAGGAUCUUCAGUCGAGUUUAGACCAGGAUGUUCCGAGCUUCAUCAAGCCUAUGCUUCAAUCUCAUGUUACUGGUGGCUUCUGGCUGGGUCUCCCAUCCCAUUUUUGCAAGACUCAUCUCCCAAGUCGUGAUACAACUAUUAGUUUAGUUGAUGAGAAUGAUGAAGUCUCUGACACCAAGUACCUCGCUCUAAAAACGGGUCUGAGUGGUGGAUGGAGGGGCUUUGCGAUUGAUCAUGAAUUAGUGGAUGGAGAUGCUCUUGUUUUCCAAUUAACUGAGCCGACAAGUUUCAAGGUAUACAUCAUAAGGGUAAACGAACCGGCAGAGAGCAGCAACUAAAACUUCAAGACUGCCCUACCAAAAGUCGGAUUUGAAUGGCGUUACUGAUCAGUUUCUUCAUAUUUUGUACACCCCACCACCAAGUCGUGCUGACAAGGGAACAAUUGGCCAACAAUGGAACCAAUCACUCUCAAUAUAAGCUAUUUUGGAGAGAGAAGCUUUUGAUGUCUGUGGCUUUGAGACUGACUAUAUUUAUAUGGAUACUGCAUGAAUAUAAUUUAUAAAAAUUCAUGUAUUGCGA